AGAAUUCCCCUAAUUUGCAUAUAGGUGCACGUUUCCUGAACGAACCGAAAGCAGGUGUGACGCUGUCCAGGAAGAGACACGUAUAGGAUCUGAACAGAAAGCACAGUCUGAAUUCAAGAAUACGAGAAAAGCAAUGGAAUCUUUUCAAGGUCACUGUCCACAUCGUAGUAUGCCUGUAGAGACGGAUGAGUCUAUGACCUCGUCUUCCCUCAACCUGGCCUGGCCAACAUGCCAGCAGUGUCAGUCACACAACUCUAAUGAGGCAGGAAAAAUUGGGAGAUUCGGCCCUGAGAUGUGUGUCUGCAAUGGAAGCAGGCUGGAUUACCUAGACAGUUAUUGUGGGCUUACUCCUAAAGUCUUAAGGGUUAGUCCCUUCACCAAACCCUCCAUAAGUGAUUCACAACACACAGCGAGUCCUGCUGGCCUGCCCAGUCUCUACUUGCCUCAAAGUUCGGGAAGACACCUUCAGAGAGACUGUAGAGACCACAUAGAAGAUCUGAGUGAAGAUUUCUCAGGCAUCAACAUUCAAAACUGCCUCAAUUCCCCUGUUCUAUAUCCACAUGCCCGAAACCUUGUGAGUGAGGAUGAGGAGAGUCUCGAAAAGCCUAGUUGUCUUCGCUCUGACCUGGGGGAGAAUUUCUGCAGAUUUUCUCCACCAAAACAGACAGGAUUUUACGAUGUGUACCCACCAGAGGUUUUACAUCACUGGCAUAAACAGCCUGCAAAUUAUCCACGUCCCAACUAUCCGCUGCAUCAGCUCCUACCUGAGCAUGCAAGAUAUGCUCAGAACAGGCCCAUCUUCAGACAAGAGGCUGUUGUGAGGCCUCCUCAGGUCACGUCCCAUCAAAGCACAGCUCCUGUGAGAGAGCUGAUGUCAGAAGUGUCUGUCCAGCCGUCCCAACCAGCUGCUGUCGGCCAGCUUCAAACCCAGAAGCGCAUCAGUCUUCCCGAUGACUGCAGAGAUGUUUUCAUAACAUACUCUGUGGACACUGCAGCAGAGUUGAUUCCCUUUGUGAGUUUUUUGAAUAAUCAAGGAUUCAGACCGGCUAUUGAUAUAUUUGAAGACAGAGUUAGAGAAUUGGACAUCAACAAAUGGAUGGACAGUUUUCUGAAAAAUAAGUCAGUGCUAAUCAUUGUAGUGAUCAGUCCAAAAUAUAAGAUGGAUGUUGAAGGAGAUGGAUGUGAUCAGCAUGGACUACACACCAAAUACAUACACACACAGAUCCAAAAUGAAUUUAUUCUGCAGAGAUGUUUGAACUUCAGAUUGGUACCAGUGCUGUUUCCCAGUGCUAAUCAAAGUCAUGUUCCACUGUGGCUGCAGAGCACUCGUCUGUACCGGUGGCCUGAAGAUGCUAAAGACCUGUUACUGCGUUUACUCAGAGAAGAGAAAUACAUUGUCCCUCCGCUGGGCAAAGAGCUGACGCUCACUAUCAAACCCCUAUAAGAGUUUAUCUCACUACAGCACGUUUCACCUCAAAAUCAGAAGAAAAAAUAGGAGAGCCUAUUUGAUCAUUUUCAUAAGAAUUAAGGACAUUGUAAAAUUACAAAAAAAACAAGAUCAUUCUAAAUAGUAAUUCUUAUUACCGCAGUGUAAUUUUACUGGAUUACAGUGGUUUCUAAAUUUUUUCAUAAACACGUGCAUGAAGACACUCUCAGACAUGAC